GCCGGGAGUUGUAGUUCUCUGCCUGGUCUCUGCCCCUCCUGUUUCCGGUGCCGUCACGGGACAGAGCAGUCGGUGACAGCACCGAGGGCCCCCGCCCCGCGCCCAUGGCCGAGCCGGACCCCUCUGACCCUCUGGAGACCCAGGCAGGGAAGGUGCAGGAGGCUCAGGACUCAGAUUCAGACACUGAGGGAGGAGCGGCUGGCGGAGAGGCCGAGAUGGACUUCCUGCGGCAUUUCUUCUCCCAGACGCUGGGCCUGGGCACCCAGAAGGAGCGGCUGCUGGACGAGCUGACCCUGGAAGGGGUGACCCGCUACAUGCAGAGCGAGCGCUGUCGCAGGGUCAUCUGUUUGGUGGGAGCUGGGAUCUCCACGUCCGCGGGCAUCCCUGACUUCCGCUCCCCAUCCACGGGCCUCUACGCCAACCUGGAGAAAUACCGUCUUCCCUACCCGGAGGCCAUCUUUGAGAUUGGCUACUUCAAGAAACAUCCAGAGCCCUUCUUUGCUCUUGCCAAGGAACUCUACCCUGGACAGUUCAAGCCGACCGUCUGUCACUACUUCAUCCGCCUGCUGAAGGAGAAAGGGCUGCUUCUGCGCUGCUACACGCAGAACAUAGACACCCUGGAGCGGGUGGCGGGGCUGGAGCCCGAGGACCUGGUGGAGGCCCACGGCACCUUCUACACGUCACACUGCACCAGCGCCCUCUGCCGACGGGAGUACACGCUAAGCUGGAUGAAAGAGAAGAUCUUCUCCGAGGUGACUCCCAAGUGUGAGAAAUGUCACAGCGUGGUGAAGCCUGACAUCGUGUUCUUCGGUGAGAACCUCCCGGCGAGGUUCUUCUCCUGCAUGCAGUCAGUAAGUGCCCCACCCCCGGCCCGCCCCACGCUCCCCGCUCCCCCGAAGUCCUUACCACUCGGCUCGCCACCCCCCAGGGCACCCCUGUCUACCCCGCGCCUGCUCAUCAACAAGGAGAAGACCGGGCAGACUGACCCUUUCCUGGGGAUGAUGAUGGGCCUGGGAGGAGGCAUGGACUUCGACUCCAAGAAGGCCUAUCGGGACGUGGCCUGGCUGGGUGACUGUGACCGGGGCUGCCUGGCCCUUGCUGACCUCCUUGGAUGGAAGGAGGAGCUGGAGGACCUCGUCCGGAAGGAGCAUGCCCGCAUAGAUGCCCAGCAGGCGGGGUCGGGGAGCCCUAACCCCAACCCUUCAACUUCGCCCAGGAAGUCCCCACCUCCUGCCAAGGAGGAGGCCAGAACCCCGGAGGGAGAGAAACCCCAGUGACAGCCACGCCCCCCGGGGAAGGAUGCCCAGCAAAUCCGGGACAGCAGAGCCCCAGCCAGCCCUGGCCCCCUCUAACUUGCAGCUCUCAUCUGGGGAGCUCAGAACCUCGUCCCAGUCUCUUAACCACUUCCUCUCAAAACUGGGUUCCCAGCCCCCUGACCCUGGCAGAUCUCUAACACCUCCCAGGGGCCGAGGCCUGGGCAGCCCGGCUGUAACAGCCCGCGGUCUCUAACCACCCGCAGGGCCGAGGGUCAACCUCCCCUCAUCUCUAACUGCUCCCCGGGCCAGGGCCGCCUCUAAACUCCUAACUAUUCCGCCCCGGGCCCCAGGGCUCCCAGGGCUCCCAGGGCUCCCCCUGCCCUCCACUGCUCCUCGGGGCCUGUGGCCAAGCAGGGCCAGUCCAACCUACCCUGGGCGGGCCCCUCAAACAUCACUCCCACUCAGUGGGGGGAGCUGAGCCUGAAGGCCUCCCUGGUCUGUGUCUCCGACGCCCGAAGCGGGUGCCGGUCCCCUUCCCUUGGGACCCACUUCCCAUGCGGGGAGGGGCAGAUAAUGUUGCUUAUUGGAGACAAAUUAAAAACAGAAACAACUAACGA